AUGUUAGCUGGUCUUGACAAACCAGACCCAGAGGAUUUGCUAUACCCGCCUGAACUGAAUGCUCACCUAAUUGAACAAUUAAAGAUAAUGACAGGGGAAAACAAUGAACUUCGGAAAUGUAUAUUCACAAAAGACGAAGAAAUAAAGAUACAAAAUAAAACAAUUGCCGAUUUAAAUCAACGUAUACGCGAUAUAAUAUCCGGUUCCGGUCCUGCAAUAUCCUCAAAAUCAGCCGGAAUUAUUAGCGCUAAAAUCACAGAGCUUUGCAAACAGAAUCGUCAUUUAGUUGCUGAAGUGGAGAGCCAUAAAACUAAAAAUGCUGCUCUAGAAAGAAAAAUCAUGCAACUGGACCUAAUUAAUAAAGAAAACGAAAAAUUGGAAGCUUGUCUAUGCAAAGAUGAGACAGGAGACGUUAAUCCUGAUGAAUUGAAAGACUUAAAUAACAAACUAGUAGUCGUUAACAGAAAGUUGUAUGACAGCAAGAAUAGGAAUCUUGAAUUAAAAAACGAUAUUCUUAUAGCAACAAAAAUAUUGCAACAGGAAUUAGGGGAUAAAUUCACUAGUAUAAAAGAUCUUCAAAAUGAUUUAGCUGGUUGGAAAGGAAGAGCUCAACAAAUAGCUCUGUUGCAAGGUAAAAUUGCUGUUCUAGAAGAAAAACUGAAUGGAAAACAUAAGGAUCUUCUUGAAGCUAAAAAGAAUGAUCAAACUGUAAUAUUACGUGACCUAGAAAUGAAGCGUAAAAGAGAAGUAGACCGAGCGAUGAAAGACUUUGAAGCAUUAAAAGAAGAUAAUAUUGAUCUUAAACGAAAAUUGGAAGGAGCUCGAUGCAGAAUAAGAAACUUGGAAUGUGACGCAACCACAUUGCGGCAAAAAAUGCAGACAUUUGUUGAAAAAAGUAAUCACGAUGAUUUGCUCGUGAACGAACAAAGGAAUCAAAUCAAAAGCUUAGAAUCCUAUUAUCAAGAAAUUUUGAAAGAAAAUACUGUAAAAAUGAAUAAAAUGCACUCUGAAAUAUUUGAGUAUCAAAAACUUAUUAAGAAUACAGAUGCUAAAAUUGACGCAUUAAGAGAACAAGCAACAGAAAAAGCUACAAAAAUUGAAGAACUACGAGCGCAAUUACUAAGAUACGAAGAAUGUUCAUUGCAAAGCGUAUUCUUUACACCCAUGAAAACUGCAACAGACAAUGAAAUUAAAAAGCUUUCGGAUUUGAUUCUUAUUUUGAAUCAAAGAAUAGAUAAUGAAAGGCACAAAUACGAAGAAUUAGAUGUAAUUCAUAGAAAAACAAAAGAGAAGAAAAGGAGGCUUGAACGAAAGAUUGCUUUGGUUGAGGAUGAAUUGAAGACAUUGAAGGAUUCCAAAAGACCAUCUAGAACUUCUAAAACAGCUAUACAAAAGGAACAAACGUUUGAUGGCUUUCCCUCGACUGCAGCUUCGUUAGGAAAGAAACAUUCUUCAAUUGCCGCUAUCGCUGUAAGACCUAGUGAAACAGUAUCGGAUGAUCCAAGUGAAAGUUAUGAUUUGCUGGAUAAGGAUGAACUCAAAUAUAAACUGGAACUUGCCGAGGAAAAAUUAAAAAUAUUGGAAGAUAAACUCAAAAUGAUAGAAGAAGAAAAAAAUGAUGAUUAUAACCAUCUCGUUGACAUGAUUCAAACUUCGAAACAAUUAUUCAAUGAGGCCCUAACGGUUUUAAAAAGAGACAAGUGUCAGUGUAUGUCAUAA